UAAAUACUGCUCCAGAAUACAGGAUUCUUCAGUCGUUGACUCCAGUGUACCAAAGACAACAAUGAAGCUCCUGGUCUUCUGUCUUCUUGCUGUUGCUGUGACCGCCAGACCCGGUUGGCACAUCAAGCCAGAGGGUUCGGGGGAUGAUAAGGACGAUGACAAGUGCAAGCAACUGAAAUCUUUGGACUGCGCCCAAGUCAUUGCGCCGUGGAACAAAGUCCAGAAGUUGUGUGACGUGCAAGGAAACACGUACGCUAACAGGUGCGAGUUCUUCAAGGCGCACUGCGACAACUCUGACCUGAAGUUGACACAUUGCGCCAGCCCAGACGAACUGAGGCCAGAGGAGCUGAUAAAUAAACCUGAUGUGGAGGGUUCAGGUGAACCAGAAAAACCAGACAAAUGUGAAGAGAUCAAAGACAUGGACUGCUCUGUUAUCGCACACUGGAACCACAGAGGAACCUUCUGUGACAGUGAGGGCAACAAAUACGACAACAGAUGCGAAUUUGAAAAGGCCCGCUGCGCCAAACCUGAACUUACCCCCAAGAGGUGCCGGCUGGAUACCCGUGCUCGCCCAGAAGACGCCGGACGUCCAGAGCACGCUCAAGGCCAGGUAGAGAAGCAGGACAAACCAGAGCAAGCUCAAGGCCGCCCAGAGCACGCCGGACGCCCAGAGCAUGCUCAAGCUCAGAAAGAGAAGCAGGAUAAACCAGAGCAAGCUCAAGGCCGCCCAGAGCACGCUCAAGCUCAGAAAGAGAAGCGGGCCCAACCAGAAAACCUGGACAUAGCUCAAGGCCGCCCAGAAGACGCCGGACGCCCAGAGCACGCUCAAGGCCAGGUAGAGAAGCAGGACAAACCAGAGCAAGCUCAAGGCCGCCCAGAACACGCCGGACGCCCAGAGCAUGCUCAAGCUCAGAAAGAGAAGCAGGAUAAACCAGAGCAAGCUCAAGGCCGCCCAGAGCACGCUCAAGCUCAGAAAGAGAAGCGGGCCCAACCAGAAAACCUGGACAUAGCUCAAGGCCGCCCAGAAGACGCNCUUAAAAUCAGUUAUAGUUUGUUCUGUACAAUAAAAAUUCGUAAAACUGGCAAAAUAAAACGUAACUGGGACACGUACUAG